UAAAUUCUGUUAUCCGUUGCAUUUUCGAAAUCUCUGUUAGAGAGAGAGAGAGAGGAGGGGAGAAGAGAAAGAGAGCAAGAGAGAGAGAGAGAGGGGGGAUCAUUUAAUAUCUUUGUAGAAUUGCAGAGAUGGUUUUAAUACUGGCUGCAGGCUUUUGGGAUCCAAAUUCUGUUACCUGCUGCAUUCUGGAAAUCUCUCCCUCCAAAAAGAAGUUCAAAACUUAAUCCUUUCUCUCUCUCUCUACAAAAUUCUAAUCAAUGUUUCUUUGUUCUUCUCUGUUUGCUCGUGUGAAGACUGAGGCAAUAGUGUUACUUCAUUUAUUGCCUUCCUUUACUCACCCAACAACAUAUAUUGCCUUGAAUUCAAUUCCUCAAACCGCAUUCAAUGCCUUUGAAAUGUAGUACAAGAAACAGGGGCAAAAGUAAUGGAGGUUUUGGGGUUUCUUCGAAGGUUUCUUCUCAACACAGGCGUUCCAAAAGUGCCUCUGAUAAGAACUUGGGUUCUGAGAGACCAGAGAUUUCACAUUCCAAGGGAAUGGAUUCAAAGGAGCAUUCUAAGGAUCUGAGAAACAAUUUGAGAUGUUAUGAAGUACGAAUGCCCACUAAACAAGCUUCCAGUGAUACAACACGUGUAACUUUACCAAACAGUCGUUCAUCCUUGGAGAAUGAUAUUGAACAGCUACAAAUGCACUUGCAUAAUGAAAGGCGUAUGCGGAAUAUGCUUGAGAAGGCUAUGGGUCGAGCUUCAAGUACUCUUUCACCGGGUCACAGGCAUUUUGCUUCUCAGACAUGGGAGUUGAUAACAGAGAUUGAGUUGCUUGAAAAAGAGGUUGCCAACCGAGAACAGCAAGUGCUCACUCUCUAUCGAAGCAUUUUUGAUCAAUGCAUUAGUGGGGUGCCAUCCAAACAGAGCUCAGGCAUGUCAUCUCCGGUUCGUGCAAAACCAGAAGCAAGAAGGCAUCCAAGCAUAAUUUCAAGUGCAUUUUGCUCCUCAAAGAAUUUUCAUUCUCAGCCAUUCCACAUUCUAUCUUCUAUAAAAGACCCGGGCAAAAAGAAUGUGCUAAAGAAGUCCAAGACUCGAAAUGCUUCACAAUUGAGCAGUAAAGUAGAAACAGAUAUUAAGAGCAAUAGCCACGACAACAAUAAGAACCAUGAGAAAGUACCGCCUAGUGGGAAGAAUUCCUUGGCUUCUCUUACAUUGAGAGAUCAUCUCCAUCAAUCUCCAGACAAGCUAUCAGAGGAACUUGUUCGAUGUAUGAUUGCAAUCUAUCGACGAUUACAUGAUGCAGCAUCUACCAAGCCAAGGCCAUCUAGUUCGCCGUUCUUGUUGAGAUCUUCUUCUAGUGUUGUUCUCCCACAACAUGUUCCUAGAGACAGUGAAGACUGGCCGUGCAGAUCGAUGGUGGAAAUUCAAUGGAUAUCUACAAAAGCAAACCAUUUUUCACAUGCUUCUUCUUAUGCGAUCAGGAGUUUCAAAAUUUUAGUGCAGCAAUUGGAGAAAGUGGACACAAGUCAAAUGGACAGUGAGAAGAAAACAGCAUUCUGGAUCAACAUAUAUAACUCUCUGGUUAUGCAUGCAUAUUUAGCAUUUGGUAUUCCCCAUAGUGCUUUGAGAAGGAUGACCUUGUUCCAUAAGGCUUCUUAUAACAUUGGAGGCCAUGUCAUAAGUGCUUACACCAUAGAGCACACCAUAUUCGGUUUCCGUACUCCACGCACAGGCAGGUGGUUUGAAACCAUCCUUUCAACUGCCAAGAGAUGGAAAUCGGAAGAAGAAAAGCAACUUUUUGGCUCAAAAUUUGGUCCCCUUGAGAAAGAGCCACUUGUUUACUUUGCUCUCUGCAAUGGGGCUCAUUCUGAUCCUCUGCUCAGAGUCUACACUGCCAAAAGAGUGAGAGAGGAGUUGGAGACGGCAAAAAGAGAGUUCAUUCAAUCCAAUGUGGUGAUAAAGAAAUCAAGGAAAGUAUUCCUCCCUAAAGUCAUUGAGAGAUAUGCAAAGGAGGCAUCUCUAAACCUGGAAGAUUUGCUCUCUUUGGUCUCUGAAAAUGUGGACAAGAAGAUGCAUGAUUCAAUUAAGGAAUGCAUGGAAAACAAAUCAAGUAAAAAGAUUGGGCAGGUUGUAGAGUGGCUGCCUUAUGAUACAAAAUUCAGAUAUGUUUUUUCUGGUGAUUAGAUAGAGAAAACAAUGGUGAUGUUGGCUAGGUAGUACACUUGGAUCAACUGUCAUGAGAGUCACGAGAAUUGUGUUGACAUGUUUAUCUGACAUUGAAGGGGUAAAGAGAGAGAGAUGCCUUGCUUUGCAUGUCAUUCUAUUGUGUCAUGCUAGCAUGGCAAUUUAGAGAGAGAGAGAGAGAAAGAGAGAAAUUGGUUUACAUGUCAUAUUGUCAGUACUUUCCAGGUAACAAAGGUAAUAUAGUUGGAUCAACUGUCAUUGGAGUUA